AUGUCGACUCCGAGUAUAGAUAUCGUAGCGAGUUGGCCGACACCUGACUAUGACAACCCCCACGAGCCCUUGGACACCGUCAUUUAUGCUGUCAACAUCCCUCUGAUGGCCCUAAUGACGGUAUUUGUUGCAAGCCGGUUUGUAUCACGGACGUUCCUUGUACGCAACGCACUCGGAAUGGAUGACUGGAUGAUGCUUAUUGCAUACGUGCUAGCCAUGGCGAUGUCGGCAUGUCAGUUAGUUGAGCCCAGGUAUGGCAUAGGUCGCCACCUAUACGAUGUGAAGUAUGAAUGGUACCCUUCGUUAGGAAAAUUGACCAUUGCUAUCCAAGCCCUCUUUGCGCCUUGCUCCGCCAUAACGAAAAUCUCGAUAUGUUUGGCAUAUCUUCGCCUCUUUCCCUCGAAGACAAAUAAAUGGUUCAACUAUAUCACGAUGACAAUCCUGGCAGGGUUCGGAAUAUCAACUAUUGUCACGAUGAUGCUGCAAUGCAUACCUCUAUCUGAUAUCUGGGCGGUUCUCAAACCGAUGGACCAAAAGCAGUGCAUCGAUUCAGAGAAAUUCUUCAUUGCCGUUGCCGCCAUUAACAGUAUCACCGACUUCAUGGUUUAUCUUUGGCCGAUCCACUAUCUCUGGAGGGUGAAGCUUAGCCUGGCGAAGAGAACCGGACUGAUAGUUUGUUUUGGUGUUGGAGUCCUGUAA